CCUAAAAAACACAAGCUUUUCUAAAGGGCUUCUCAAGUAUGUAUUCUUACAUUCUGGAUUCGAUCCAAAACUACAAUCCCACCGUUCAUCUCCCAUCAGCAAACCCCAUCUCACUACAAACGACAAGAACAAGCACUGUUCCUUGUCCUCCCCAAAGCAUGGUCUCUAGAGAAAACUCAAGUGACUCCAUUGUUGUUCGGAGAUCUGCAAAUUACAAACCUACCAUUUGGCAUUACGAUUGUAUCCGGUCACUGACAAGCGAAUAUGUGGGAGACUCAUUCAACAUGAAAAUUGCUAACCUGAAGGGAGAAGUGACAACGAUGUUACACAAAGCAUUGGAGCCUUUAAAGCAACUUGAGUUGAUUGAUAUCUUGCAAAGACUUGGGUUAUCUUACCACUUUGAGGAUGAUAUAAGGAGGAUAUUGAGUAGUAUAUACAAUACUAAUCGUGAUUAUCCUGAUAUGUGUAAGAAGAAGAGACUAUAUGCCACAGCUCUUGAAUUUAGACUGCUAAGACAAAACAGAUAUAAUGUUCCCCAAGAGAUUUUCAAAAGUUUCACGAAUGAAAAGGAGAGUUUCAAGGAAUGUCUUUGCAAUGAUACUGAGGGAAUGUUGGCUUUGUAUGAAGCCUCAUUCCUUUUGCUAGAAGGUGAAAACAUAUUGGAAGAAGCAAGGGAUUUUGCAACCAAACAUCUCAAAGACUACGUGAAGCAAAGCAAAGAUCAAAAUCUUUGUGCGAUGGUAAACCACGCCCUAGAGCUUCCACUGCAUUGGAGGAUGCUAAGGUUGGAAACGAAUUGGUUCAUUGAUGCAUAUAGGAGCAAGAAAGAUGCGAACCCUAUCUUUCUUGAGCUAGCAACAUUGGAUUUCAACGUGGUACAAGCAGUCCACCAAGAAGAACUAAAAGAAGUGUCAAACUGGUGGAGGAGCACUUGUAUUGUAGAAAAGAUGAGCUUUGCAAGGGAUAGGUUGAUGGCCAAUUUCCUAUGGACAUUGGGAGUAUCAUUUCAGCCUGAGUUUGGAUAUAAUAGGAAAAUGUUAACAAAAGUCAAUUCGAUGAUAACCACGAUAGAUGAUAUGUAUGACAUACAUGGCACUUUGGAUGAACUUGAGCUCUUCACAAACGUCGUUGAGAGAUGGGAUGUCAAUGCAAUGGAACAACUCCCUUAUUAUAUGCAAAUAUGUUUCCUUAAUCUCCACAACUUGGUUAAUGAAAUAGUUUUUCACACUCUCAAGGAAAAAGAACUCAACAUCAUUCGAUUCCUUCAUAAAGUGUGGGCAGAUUUAUGUAGAUCUUAUUUCUUGGAAGCAAAGUGGUACUACAACGGAUAUACACCAAGCCUUCAAGAAUACAUUGAAAAUGCAUGGAUUUCAAUAUCAGGGCCAGUUAUACUAGUGCAUGCUUAUGUUUUUAUCACAAAUCCAUUAACAAAGGAGGCAUUGGAUGGCCUUGAAGAGUAUCCCAAUAUGAUCCGUUGGUCAUCAACGAUUGUACGACUUGCAGGUGAUCUCGGAACAUAUGUGGAUGAGUUAGAGAGAGGUGAUGUUCCGAAAUCAAUACAAUGUUACAUGAAUGAUGCUGGUGUUAGUGAAAAAGACGCUCGUCAAUUCAUUAGUUCCUUGAUCAGUACAAUUUGGAAGAAGAUUAAUGAAGAACGUCUCUCUACAACUUCUCCCUUCUCUCAAAUAUUUACCGAAAUCACAAUGAACCUUUCAAGGAUGGCGCAAUGCAUUUACCAAUAUGGAGAUGGACAUGGCACGGAAGACCGUGAAACUAUGGACCAAGUUUUAGCAUUGCUUGUUCAUCCCAUUACCCUGCCCAAAGAUCAGUAUGCAUGAUGAGCAAUUGACAUAUACAUAUGGAUACAUGAUGGAAGUUUCCACUUAAUUAGAAUUGUUAGUACUAGCUUUUCCUACAUUGCAUAAAAGCUUUAUUUUUCAUUUUUUCAAUUUCCGCCCUAUAUAUGCGUGCCAAAGUUUACGUUAGUUGUGCAAUAUUGUUUAGCUACUCACGAAAAUACAUUAUGUACAAGCCAGACCUAAUUAAUUUGUUUCUUAGUUCGUCUGUAAAAUAAAAACGCUUUUAUACAUGAUUAAUGCGUGCUACACUUCUUUAUUGAGGUUGCUACAUCAUACACGCAUUGCAGUGUGUUUUGA